AUGCAGCUCGAACCUUCCCGAAGAGGAAGUCGCAGUUCUGCAUCUGCUCCUUCCCUGCCGGUGUCUGUAUUCCUCGUCGUCAGCUUGCUGGCUAAAAACAUGCAACCCACCACGCAGGCUAGCUCCAAAAGGGAAAUGCUCUGUGCCUUCCACCCAUCCUUUCUCUCCUUCCCAUUCCUGGCCGCCAUCGGCCCUUCCUCCUCUUUUAUCUGUCCUCCUGUUUCGAUGCCUGGCGCUGCGGUCAUGCCCAUGGCAGGCCCAGUAAGUGACAGAGCUUGCUGGCCAAAAUACAAAGAAUGCCGCCCCGCAGGGAAGCGAGGAGAGUUAGCCGAUAGGGAGACUGAUGGUGGUUGGGGAUUAUAUAUUCAGAUUGACUACUCUGUAUCGUCCUGGUCAAGGUUUUUACCAUACGGGGAGUUUUCCUUGGCUGUAACCCGAAUGGGAGGAUAG